UUCUUCCUUCCCUCCUUCCUUCCUGCAGCCUCGGCCCUUCUGCCGUGAAAAAGGAAGAUGAGAGUCCGCAGCGGUCCGCCGACACCGAACCGAACCUGAGGCGUCCGAGCGGGAUGGAGGCAGAGCGGCUGCUGACGGACCCGAGCUCAGCUGCUGCUCCCCGGCCUUGAACGCGUCACGUUCGCCGCUGGAGCCGCGGAGCCCGGAGGAGCGGCGGGUGGAGCUGCAGUCUGCCGGGCCGAGCCGUGCCGAGCCGAGCCGUGCUGAGCCGAGCUGCCGUCCUCUCCCGCCCUGAUAACUAUGCUGAGCUAGCUGCAGGACUGAAGACUCGAUUGCACCCCCGAAACCACACCCGAUCUCUCCUGUCCGCCUCUCAGUGACCCUGCAGCAUGGAGCGCUCCGGCAGCAUCCAGCUCGACAUCCCGGACUUCAGUAACUCGGUUCUGUCCCACCUGAACCAGCUGCGCGUUCAGGGCCGGCUCUGCGACAUCGUGGUCAACGUCCAGGGUCAGAGCUUCCGGGCCCACAAGGUGGUCCUCGCCGCCAGCUCGCCAUACUUCCGGGACCACAUGUCCCUGAGCCAGAUGAGCACGGUGUCGCUGACCGUGAUCCGCAACCCGUCGGUGUUCGAGCAGCUGCUGACCUUCUGCUACACGGGGCGCCUCUGCCUGCAGCUCGCUGACAUCAUCAGUUACCUGACCGCCGCCAGCUUCCUGCAGAUGCAGCACAUCAUCGACCGCUGCACGCAGAUCCUGGAGGGCAUCCACCUGAAGAUCAGCCUGGCCGACAUGGAGGAGGAGCCCUCGGAAGACGCCAUCCGGAUCACCCGGGUCAACCGGACCCUGGAGGCGGUGGUGAGAGGCGGUGGUCAUCACGCCACCCUGCGGCUCCUCGGUUCCCGGGGAGUGGCGGAGGCGUGCGAGGCGAUCAGUCCCGUCGAGGAGCCGCUCAGCCCGCCGCCCACCGUGGAGAACAGCGGACUGGAGGGUCCUGAGGCUGCCGCCGCCGCCAUCAGAGCGGGCAAAGAACCAAUCCUUCGCAUCAACCGGGCCGGUCAGUGGUACGUGGAGACGAGCAGCGAGCCGGAGCGCAGCGGCAGCGCAGAGGAGGGGGGCGGGGCAAUGGAGCGCGUGAGAAUCAAGACGGAGAGGAUGGAGGACUGGAUCGGAGCGGGAGAGCUCCAAGAGGAGGGGGGGCCCGAAGAGGAGGGGGGCACCGUGAUGAUCGACACGUCAGGACGCAGCACGCUGGUGACGGGCCCGAUGAGCGCUCUCGGGGCGCGGAGCGCUCAACCGUCCUCCAGCUUCAGCGAGACGGACAGGUUCAGUCCCACCGGCAGCGUUGUGGUCGUGGCGGAGCGUCAGAGAGCCAAGAGCGAGUCUCCCAGCAGGGCGGACGAGCUGCGACAGCCGAGCUCCAAGGGGGAGGAGCACGCUGCGUUUGACAUGGGAGGUUAUGAGGACUACCUGAGGGAGCAGGUAGGAGACCGCUGGUUCCGCUACAACCCCAGGCUCACCUGCAUCUACUGCUGCAAGUCCUUCAACCAGAAAGGAAGCCUGGACCGCCACAUGCGCCUGCACAUGGGCAUCACGCCGUUCGUCUGCCGCCUCUGCGGGAAGAAGUACACCCGCAAAGACCAGCUGGAGUACCACAUCCGCAAGCACACCGGCAACAAGCCCUUCCACUGCCACGUCUGCGGCAAGAGCUUCCCCUUCCAGGCCAUCCUCAACCAGCACUUCCGCAAGAACCAUCCAGGCUGCGCCCCCCAGGAGGCCCACAGCGCCUCACCUGAGACCACCACCACCUCCAUCACAUCCAGGGGGGGCCCGAGUGAUGAGGCCUCCCCCAGCCAGGAGGAUCCUGAGGGCGGGGGUGGUGGGAGCAGCAGCGGUGGGGGCCAGUACAGCGAGGGUCCUCAGGGCUCCGUCUCCACCACGGGGCCCGACUGACCCGAGGGUAGCAGCAGGGUGGGUUUCAGAUGGGGGGGUGGGGGGUGACCCUGAUGUUCCUGAACCAUCAGGAAAAUGAACCUAACGACCGAACGAACACCUCAGAGUCCGAACUGAGAUUUUUUUCCGCUUUAAACCGCAUCUACCUUCACAAACCAAACGGAACCGAUUAAGCUAAAAAUUAAGAAACGCCACACACUCCAACAACCUCAUACGCCACACAGUGGUCCUCGUUUGCCUCCGUCGAUGUUAUGUUACAGAUUUCUACUUUUAUAUUACAGCUUCUUAUGACUACAGGUUAUUAUUCACAAUGCAGCAUCACAACAGUCUGUCUGGUGGAAACUUGCCAAACUACUCAGUGCCAGUUUAACACUUCAAUCCUUUAUUUUUGCCUUGAGACAAUCUGGAGCGGCGAGGGUCAGCUGAUAAUCCUGCGCUCUCAAAGUGCCACACGGCAUGAUGAGAUUUAGAUGCACAAAAAGGUUCAAAUGAGAAAAACACGACUGUUAAAGAACGUGUUCCAGUGUGAUCGCAGUUUCUCAACUUUAGUGCCGUUAAGGAGGAACAGACUGACACUGUUUCUGUUUCAUUUCAAAGUGUACGCAGGUCUCGCACUACACCGUGUCACCCUACUCUCUAAGUCCUCAACUUCAACCAGCGGCCCAAUCAGACGCUCACAUUCCCCCCCCCCCCUCCGCUUAACCGGCCCUGAAGAAGAAGCUCAUUGGCUCAUUGGUUGCUUUUGAAAGCUCGGGGUGUAAACAGAUAAACGUUCACCUCCAUCACGUCCAUGAAGUAACAGCAGGCGGAAUCUGUGAUCACGCUGGAUUAGCGGCGUUAGCGUGAAUUCUUUAACGUUGUUUUUUUUUUCUCACCUUUGAACCUCGGGUAGAUUAAAGGAACCAUCGGGCAGCCUGUUGACCGACUCACAGCAGGAAACCUGGACCGAGUCCGAGUCCAGCCUCAGAUAAGCUACACAGUUACCUCUCAUCACUACGCAAUACAGCUGCUGCACCGCACAGCACCACCGGGGGGCGCUCUGACCGACUCACACAGAGAACCCCAUCAGUCUUCUCAGAUAUUUUUAUAGACAAGCAUGUGUUUGUUUUGUUUUUGUUUUCUUGGACACUUUUUUGCUCUGACAAUGUGUGUGACGGACGACAGGAGUUACACGUUAGAGGAGACGGCGUCGACCUGAUCCACAACGUCUCGCUCACCUUGAAGUCUGCAGCCAGAACAAAAAACUGAAGCUACACAGAUUUUAAAGCUUUUAUUUUAACCACAGAUGAUCGAAGAACAUAGAAAGGUAGCUUCAAAGUGUCUCACAGGUGCGGACUCACAGGUGUGGUCUCACAGGUGCGGACUCACAGGUGCGGUCUCACAGGUGUGGUCUCACAGGUGCGGACUCACAGGUGCGGUCUCACAGGUGCAGACUCACAGGUGCGGACUCACAGGUGCGGACUCACAGGUGUGGUCUCACAGGUGCGGACUCACAGGUGCGGACUCACAGGUGCAGACUCACAGGUGCGGUCUCACAGGUGUGGUCUCACAGGUGCAGACUCACAGGUGCAGACUCACAGGUGCGGACUCACAGGUGCGGUCUCACAGGUGCAGACUCACAGGUGCGGACUCACAGGUGCGGACUCACAGGUGCGGUCUCACAGGUGCAGACUCACAGGUGCGGACUCACAGGUGCGGACUCACAGGUGCGGACUCACAGGUGCAGACUCACAGGUGCAGACUCACAGGUGCAGAGGCGUUGAUGCAUCAUCACAGCAGACGCUGUGAUCAGGUCGACGUCGAUCAGCAGGGACAGGAUGAGGAGCUGGACCCUGUCCGACCAGAUGGAUGUAGAAACCAGGCCAGGUGGACUUAAAAACCCCUCCUGAGAGGGUCAAAGUUCACCUGCUGGAGGAGGAGGGGGGAGCAGGUGAGCUCACCUGGCAACCAAAGGAAAGACAACAACUUCAGCACUUAUCGAGGGGAGCGAGAGAGACGGGUUCAAAGUGAACUUUUUAUAAACAGAACUAUUAUUAAUCUUCACGUAUUAUCAGACAAACAUAUUUAAACUACUAAGAUGUUUUUUUUUCAUGAUGAUGUAAGCGAGCUCAGUCCAGGUGUACGCUCGGCGGGCAGGUAGCACACAGAUUGGCUGUUACUGUUUCUCUACACAGCUGUGAAUCCGACUCUCAGAGGACGUUUCAUUUUUUUAUGCAAACUGAACUCAGCGGCUCUGUCCUCACUCCGGCUGGAUGGACUCGAGUUUUGCCGCCGCCGUCGCCUCACUCUUCAGGCUAAAACAGGAACUAUCAGGUAUACAGACUUUCUUUAUUCAGUGAAUCAGACGUUUACCUUUCCCUACGUAGCAGAACGCUAACGGCUAAACCUCAGUGCAGCUACAGGCCGCAGAAACAAAACUCACCUGUAAAUAAACUCGGCAGAAGCAGGUUAGAAACUCCUGUGAGUCUCUGCAGAGGGCGACAAAAACACAAAUCUGAGCAGGGCAGCGUGGAACUAAAAUCAGUGAUGACAACGACGAGAGUCUGGGCAGGUUUACUGGUCAUCUUCACGGCUUUCCUGACCUUCAGGACGUGUUGAAAGUUAACGACACAAACGUUGAACCCCUACAGAACGAGCAGGAAACACGUGAUUAUGCUAAGCUAACCAUGUUUUUCACUUAUUCAGGCUAAUGUUAAAAACAUCGGGUCGAUUGUUCUGGAUAAAAACUUUCAGAUGAUUGAAUCUUUAAGUCGAUGAGGUUGAACUUUGCACGAGGAGAAAUUUGUUGCUCGGCUCGGACUCGAACAGUCGACCUGCGGAGACUCGAGGAGCAGACGGACUGAACUCAGUGCAGCAGAGACCGGAACAGACGAGUCCUUCGUUCAAGGAAAAACACGAUUUCUCUUCUCUUUUAUAAAAUGAAUCAAGAAGUCAUGAACUUCGAACACGAGCAUUUUCAAACGUAAACGGGUCGGCCGCUCUCUGCACUGAAACGUCUUCUUCCAUUAACUCGUCAUUUCAAACCAGUUUUACGUCAGUUUGAUCCAUGAAGGAGGAGAAGUCUGAUCAGAGUGAAAGAAUAAUCCACUUCAUAAGAAAACAUUCGGAAUCAGAGUAUUUUAUUUACCUCGGGUUCUCGUCUCGCUGACUUCACAACCAAACGAGAAUCUUUAACAUUUAAGAAUCUGUAAAGAUCAAAUCAACGCGCUGAAAUCAAAGAUGGUUAAACUUCGGCACGAGGUGCUGAAAACGUCAUAACUUGAGUUUAAAUCAAGGAAAGUUUAUUUCUGUCGCACAUGGAAGGAGGCGCCACAACACGAAAAGAGACCAAUCACAGAGGAGAAUAAAAAUGCAGGGGUGUGUCCAGAGGGCCACACUAGAAAUCUGAUUGGCCACUCCAAAAAUCCUAAACUGUGAUAGGCUAUUAGCCGUGUCAAAGGCGGGACUUCCUGAGGAUUCAGGCUCACAGUUUGCCCCGUCAGUGUCGAGUCACAGCCCUAUGGCGCCCGGGAAACCCCACGCAGGGGCGCCGUGUCACAACGCCAGUUUUUGAAGUUGAUAGAAACACUCUGACCUCUGACCUUCGACCAGAGUCGUUAGGAUAGAACGGAGUCAGAAGAUAUUGAUGCCUGUUUGAUACACAAACACGCACGCACACUGCAUGCCGUCCUGGCUGCACAAGUACGUCCGCGAUGCAUUCGUAUGAAACGAUACCGACGUAUAUGUGCAGUAGAUUAAAGAUCAAAGGUUAAUGGUGGUAUCAAACAGAACGGUCGACUCUGAACUCCAGUGACCUCUGACUUUUCCUCUUUGAUGGAUCUUCAGUUUUAUUUCAAACUGUGAAAACAUCCAAACCUCAUCUUCCUCGCCUGUGCUCUUCAUCGUCUUUGAGUCGCAGCGACUCGUUUGUUUCACGCCAAACGUCGUUUCGUUCAGUCCGAUCCUUUUUCUGUGUGAAUAUAUUCAGUGAGCGCGACCACGACGAGCCUAUCGACGAAUCAUUGGGAUCUCUCCACGUUACGAGAUCGCUCGUUACUGUUCUUAAAGUAUAUCCUAAUAUAUCGAAACAAGACGACUUACGUCAAGUUAACUUUUAUUACUGUACAUUUUUUACAGAGGAGGUACUGAACGCUCUGUAGAGGAUUUAUGUGAAGAUCUUUAUGUUGCAUGUCUCUGUUGGUGGAGGGGGGGGAUGGGGGGAUGGGGGGUCAAAGGUUAAUUAUUAGUUAAUAAAAAUGUGAAGAAGCUUCUUUCACCAUGACCACUAGAUCACUCACAGGAUGCAUCUCCUUUAAAGGAAAUAAAGCACUUUAAGUGUCAAACA